AGCAGCGGAAGUAGACGCUCCGGUUUCGCUUCCGAAUGACCCAGUUAGCUUCUCACGUUAGCAUCUGUUAUUAACCUGGUGUGUCACACAAUGGAAUCGGCGGAUUUUGUACAUUGUGUGUUUUCUCCACGGCAGCUUUUCUGAUUCCUCUCCCGAGUGGUGACAGGGGACGAGCGGGCGUCGUCGGCCUGAAGCCUGGCAAAGCGGACUAGCUUGUUGUUAGCCACUUUGAUUUUAGCUGCGAUUAAAAUGAGCUGUCAAACGGCGGCUGGGUCGUAAACUUGCUCGUUUUCUCGCUGACUUGAUUUGUCUCGGCUCGGCUCGGCUCGGCUCCGCAGCUCCUCUUGGAUGUUCAGUGUGUCGCGAAGUGACUCCUCAGCUCCAUGUCUGCUGAGGCCUCAGUUGGCAGUCAUGCUGCCGACUCGGCCCAGUUCGAUGUUUCACAGCCUGCCUGCCACAGCACGGACGAGCACAGAAGUCGGGGGCUGCUGGGGAGCAAGUAUGUCAAGUUAAAUGUGGGUGGCUCACUGCAUUAUACAACUGUCCAGACGUUAAGCAAGGAAGAGAGUCUGCUGCGGAGCAUAUGCAACGGAGGAACGGAGGUUAACAUAGACUCUGAAGGUUGGGUCAUUUUGGACAGGUGUGGCCGACAUUUUGGGCUAGUGUUGAACUUCCUGCGAGAUGGCUCAGUACCACUCCCAGAGGAUCACAAAGAGCUGGAUGAGAUUCUGAAGGAGGCCCAGUACUAUCGGGUCCAGGGACUCGUACAGCACUGUGUCAGUGCCAUGCAGAAGCAGAAGGAUGUCUUUGAAAGUGUGUGCCGCAUCCCCAUGAUCACCUCAGCCAAAGAGGAACAGAGGAUGAUUGCUACUUGUAGAAAGCCGGUAGUAAAAUUGCAGAACAACAGAGGAAACAACAAAUACUCUUACACCAGCAACUCUGAUGAUAACCUGCUGAAGAACAUUGAACUGUUUGACAAACUCGUGCUACGAUUUAACGGCCGGGUCCUGUUCGUCAAAGAUGUGCUCGGGGAUGAAAUCUGCUGUUGGUCGUUCUAUGGUGAAGGCCGCAAGAUUGCUGAAGUAUGCUGCACAUCUAUUGUCUAUGCUACUGAGAAGAAGCAGACCAAAGUGGAGUUUCCUGAAGCUCGAAUCUUUGAAGAAACCCUCAAUAUCCUCAUCUAUGAGAAUGGAGGCCUACACCUCUUAGAUUCAAGAGGCUCAGGUUCAUCGCUGGGAGCUGGCCAGUCGGAGGAAGAGGGGGCUGUGGGAGGUGAAAGACGUGUAAGACGGAUCCACGUGAGGAGGCAUAUAAUGCAUGACGAAAGAGGGCCCGGUCAGCAAACUGUGUAUAAGGACUAAUAAUGUGAAACCGCGAGUGACUUGAUGUAUGUUUUGUUUUUUUUGUUAGAUGCUAGCAGAAUGAAAGAGAGGUCCUUGAUCAUAGCAAUAGCUUGGUAGUUGUUUUUUUCCUGAAAGGUCUUUAGGCAGAAACAUGGCUGUUGAUGACUGAUUUGGUAACAGUCAUUUGGAGAUGAAAGAUGCUUCUGUUUACAUGAGAAUAAACUGUCUACAUUAUUUAAAUAGGAAUUAUGUAAAAUUGCCUGGGACACGAAACUGGCAUACAAAUGAAUACAUGCAAUUAUUAAGUCGCCCCCUGAAAGUUACUGAAUGGGCCUCAAAGACCAACAUCCACCCCAACGGUGGAUUUAAUCUCUGGAGCAGAAGGCCGACUGUUAAUGUUGGUGUUAAUGACUUGCACUGGCAGCCUCCUCUGUGUUUGACUUGUAGGAAACACUGUCAGUUCAUUCAGGUUGAGAAGCAUCUGUUGCCUUUUCAUAAGUUGGACUGAGAUGCUGGCUGACAGUGUUGGAACAGAGGAUGGUGAAGUUUAGAUCAGAUACGUUAACACUGGAUAAACUGAGUAACCAUUUUUCGUGAGGAUGUCCAUGAAUGAGAUUGUUGAGCAGCUCAAUUUUCUUUAUUUAAAUUUUUACAGCUGUUGCUUCAAGAUGUUUUUUAUUAAUUAAUUUAUGAACCUAAUUUAUUGUUUGGUAUUUAACUUUUGUAUUGUAUGCAAUCUUUGUGUUAACUUGUGCUCAAGUGAGGUUUCAUUUUUGGAAUGAUACGAUGCACUCUAUAGCGCACAUCAGACUAAAUGACUAAAUGGUAAACUUACAUUUCAGUUAUGUGUUUCAAGAGGAAGAGAGACCACUUAUUUGAAACUGCAUUUCAUUCUGAGCCAUGAUUUUUCACUUACGCUUUAUGUCUUAUACCAAACCACUGGAAUUUGUUCAAAGUAAUUGGCCACACAGUGAAGAUAAAAAUAUAUUGGGUUGUAUUUUUCCUUCCCUUAGGGAGAGAAGUGUUUUCUUUCUAAUAGUCACCGGUGUCUUGUGUAAACCUAAUCACUCUGAAUUCUGAAAAAAAACUCUGAAUGAGAUCAAUAUGUGUCUCAGACCCCUCAUAAAAUCACCUUGGAAUACAUGAAAAUAUGCACUACUUUAACUUCCGUCCAAUAGUGGUCAUGGGAAUGUUCUGAAUAAAUGACUUAUGAAAUUCA